UUAGACAUGGCGUCCUCCUGGAGACGGCUGGUGUGUUUACGCUCCGGGGUUUGGAGCCUCAUAUUUUACUCUGUUUACUCUCAUUUAAAGCUCGUUCUGGCGGAGGAAGUGGAUAGCUGCGACAACCUCAGACUGGGACAGUAUCUCUGCAAAGAUCCCAAGAUAGAUGAAUCCACCCAGGAGCCGGAGAACUGCAGGGACGUGACGGCCUGGGUUGAGUGCCUCCCAGCUCCAAACAUCAGCUGUCGGCUCUCUAACGGGACAGAGUUCAGGUUUAGCGGGGAGGAGGUGGGCUUCAACAAAACCAUCCCCUGCAGAAACGUGAGUGGUUAUUCCUACAAAGUAGCCGUGGCUCUAUCUCUGUUCCUGGGCUGGCUGGGAGCAGACCGCUUCUACCUGGGAUACCCUGCUCUAGGACUGUUGAAGUUCUGCACUGUUGGUUUCUGUGGAAUCGGCACUCUGAUUGACUUCAUCAUGAUCGCCAUGCAGAUCGUGGGUCCAGCAGAUGGGUCGAACUACAUCGUGGAUUAUUACGGCGCCCGGCUGACCCGCCUGUCCAUCACCAACCAAACCUACAGGAAGCCACAUCUGUCUCUGUGAACACAGCCUCACACACUCCCGUCAUAAAUACAGAGAAGACUGCAUACAACGGAGGAUCCCCUUAACUUCCUCCACAUCCACAGUUUAAAAAUGAAUGUGAUAUUUAUUCAAACCUUCAGCCACCUGACUGAAGACAUUUCAAGCAGCAUUCGUCUGGCUCCGCAUGUUUUCAGAUUCAUCCAUCAAAUGUUAGAUUGAUCAGUAGCCUACUAUAAGCCAUUCGUUUCUUCAAGCAUAAUUACGGUGUUUCCACCUCUGCUGUAGAGUAAACUAACAAUAUCUAGUCUCUCUGGGUCACAUUUAUAUCACACCAGCUGGUCAUGUAUUUAAAUGUGUUGUACUAUACUGUGAUGUUUCUUUGCUGUUAUGUAACAAUGUUUUUCUAUGAGAACAGACAUUGUAAAUAAAGUUUCUUUUUGCUUUCCGUCUA